AUGGAGGCCGAGGCCGCCUCUGUCCCGGCUUCACAAUUGGCCAGGACUCACACGCCCGAGAGUCUGCGACAGCGACAGCGAGACCGUCUCUCCCCACGGGGACGCUUCCCUAGGUCCAAUCGAAUCGAGACAACUGUGAAAGAGGUCGACAGGUUGCCCAAGAAUGGAAUUACUCUUGCGCCAGCACCGCGAACGAGACCCACUGGGACAAGUUCGCCCGAAUUGAUGAGGAAGAAACAAUUACAGGCGGGGUUGCGCAAGGAAAAUAGUAUGAUUCGGAGGGCCAGGAGGGAGGCGGAAGACAUGAAAAUCGACAUCACGCCCGAUGGAGGUUCUGCUGGUCGAGAAGGUCGCCAAUUUACCGUUGCGAAGGUUGGGAAUAAUGGCAAGAUAUACUUACGUCCAACCAUCCGUCCUUCUAAUCAACGGUAUCCCCAGCCAUCAUUUGUUUUCCCUAUAACACCUCCCAGUACCGCAGGUCUCGAUGCAUUAGUAGCGCGCAACGAUAGUGGAGUCGAAGAUGAUCAACGUGAUAGCUUGUGGACACCUUCACGAUCGCCGACAACAACUGUAAAUGGAAACAAAGCCUACUUUCCAAGCGCCUCAAAUGCACCCAAAUCGCGUCAUCAACGCGCUCAAUCAGAAUCUACCGUUGAGGAGCAGCAAUUGCCAGUAUUAGACUCGGACGCUGGCGCAUUUAAGGUUGUGAUAGAGAGACCUGGGACUGGACCUAAGCCUGCUGAGGAAUUUGUGGGCAUUCCGACACUGGAGGUCCCCAUCCCUUCGUACAAGCUUGGAACGCCGAGGUUCAGCACGAGGGGAACAGCUUUCUUGCGAGGCUCGUCAUAUACCACCACGGAUGAUGUGCGGUCGAGUGUCUUCUCGUCAAGGGUACCAAGUUCGCAUAGACCUACCGGCAUCCUCUCUCGACGACAUUCGGACGCGUCGCCUCAACCUCAUUACCCAGCCAUGCCAACCCCUCUGACCGGUACCUUCCCAAACCCUGGAGUUGUUCGGAAGCCGAUCGCAAUUGUUCCCGAGAUGUUCGAUGACCUUACAUUCAAGCCAGCAUGUGACCAUCCUUCUGUCGUUCGGUAUUCCGUAGGUGGAGGAAUCAGAGCAGCAACUCCAGCUCGCCUUGUUGCUGAAAUCACUUCUCCUACGUUUGUGGAUUAUGAUCUUCUAUCCGACUUUUUCUUAACCUUCCGCUCGUUUCUGGAGACAAGCGACCUUCUAUGUAUGCUUAUAGCCCGUCUGAGAUGGGCAUUGGCUAGGGAUGACGAGACUGGCACUGUGGUUAGGGUCAGAACAUUCGUUGCUAUCCGACACUGGAUUCUCAAUUACUUUCUGGAUGACUAUGUUGUAGACUACGACCUGCGCAGGUCAUUCUGCUAUCUGCUGAAUGGCUUUGUGACGGAGCUUUCUCAGGAUCCCGUGCGCACGAAGAUUCCGCUGAAGAUAUUGGGGGAACUGAAGAAGUGCUGGAGAAGAGUAUGCGCCUUGUACUGGGAUGGCCCGGAGUUUGAGGUGGAAUUGGGCACAGAAGUCCCGAUUUCACCUGGUGGAGUUGCUGGUUCCAGGAAUCCAAAUCUAGAUCCAAGCUUCUGGCAAAUUCACCCUGAUGGACCUCCACGGCUAGAUGGGAUUAUUGAACCUGACUUUACGGAACCGGUAAAUACUGCCACAGAUGGAAGGAAUUUCUUCGCGGAUGUUUCGAGAGCCGGCCAUCUGAACUCCGUUGUUGUCCCACGACAUGCUUCGACGGCUCCUGUUGAGGCUGCAUACGAUCGACGGCCACAAUCUCCUUCAAGUAUAGUCAGCGAGGACUUCAUCUCAUGCUCUUUCCCCUCCCGGCAACGUCCUGGCAACAACCAGCCUUUGGGUGCCCAUCCAGUGCCAGCCAGUUCUAUAUACGACGCCGCUCCUCCCAUUGCCACCACUCCAAAAGCCUUGACAGGCAAACGAGUUCGUCCGGUGCAUGCUCACAAGCGUAGCGCAAGUUUUUCGGAUUCGUUUAGAGACCGCCGUGUGCAGCAGCAGCCACAGCAGCCUGUACAGAAAGUUAUAUUCAAAAGCACCGAGUUGUUCCUGGCUCUACCGUACGCUGGUAGUAUUGUCAGGGGUAACCUCUUCCCGCCAGGACAAGCCUUCGUCGACGUCAUUGCUCCCAGUACACCUGCAGAAAUGAACCGUGCAACUACCUUCUUCCCAGGAUUUCCAUCUGAUCAAAAAGGCCCUUCUGCAAUGUCUGGCCCGGGAAUGAAGAGGUUACUUGGGAGCGUGCGCCGUGCCCUUAGUACCAGGACUGGUGGAAGCCCCAAUGCUUCUCCAACCCAAGGGAGCUUCCCAAACAUUCCACCACUUGGUGUUCGAGGCGCGACCAUCAAUCGGCUCCCUGGAACGGCCGUUGUACCACAAGCUCGAUCUCGAACCACGGGUACCAGGGCACCUAUGCGAAUCGAUCUGCUAGGUGCUGAAAUAGCCGAGGACUUCAAGAAGGCCGUGAGGGAGGAUGCUGAAGCUGAAGCUGAGGCCGAAGCUCGUCAACGACAUGCAGACUACGGCAAAACCGACAGCGGUGAGCAUGACCUAGGUCUGCAGUAUUCUUCCAUGGCACCAGACACGACAUUCGAUGACACCCAACCCAUCAACCAGAGAGCGCCGCUUAGCCAGAUGACAACCGGCAGCAAGUCUAUUGUUAUUGUUGAUGACACUCCACCAAUGGACCUGCCAUUGAUGACUGGCGCUUUGCCUCUCAAUCGUUCCAUGGAUACCUUCCCAGAUGCUUACAUGCAUCCUUCUGGAGGACUUACACCUCCGUCUACUCCCCCUGAUGCGACUCUAGGCACACCAAGGCGAUCUUCUCAUCUGCUUGGGGAGCACACUAGGAACCGAUCACACUCGUUUGAAGGAACGCCUUCUCUGGUAGUAGACUCCCGGCCUUCAAGAGACGAUGAACGAUCUCCGAGUCACAGACCUCCUGGAAGACUUGGCAUGCACAAUCCAAGAGGCCUGUCCUAUCGUUCGAAAAAGUCCGUAUCAUUGCGCCGCUAUGCCUCAUUCCACAGCGGCUUUACAAGGCAUCGGAGUGAACGCAGCUUUGAUGCUACUACUUUCUCGGAGUCCGAGGACGUUGAACAGCUAUCUCACAUCCCCUCUGUUCCAAUGCCUCUCCGCGUUCUUCGUAGACGACCUGGUGGAGACUUGAGGGCAGUUUCGAAUGUAGGAGACCUCGGCAUUCAUCAACUUCGACGGCCAAUGUCAACCGGAUCAUUAACGACAUACUCCGAGUCAAUCCGUAGUUCAUAUUUGUUAGGCCACCGAUCGAGCGACUAUGUUGAUGUUAGGAACAGCGGUUACGAUCAAAUUGAUGUUAACGACCAGACUUUCUCACUCGGUGCAAUGGCUGAACCCGCGCCCAAGCCUCAUGUCUCGCUCUUCAGUACACAUUCGUCUCAACCAGUAAUGCGCCCUUCAUUCGAGAAGGAGGCUCAGAUGUUGGCUCAAAUCCCAGAUGAUAUUGACGAUGACGGCGGAGUUGAGUCAGCACUGGCCAAACUAGAGGGAAAAUUUGAGAAGCGUCGAUCUGAUACUUCCGGCCCAAAGCAAGCUCGAGAUGUCCCAAUUCAGCACAACAGCUUCGGCCGACCUCCAUAUGAUGCCGGUACCUUGGCCCUACAAGAGGACGAAGAGGAAAAGCGACGACAUCGACAACGACACAUCAUUGAGCCAGGUGUUUCCAAGCCAUCACCUGAAUUACCAACGUACCGCCCACAGCAACGCCAAGGCCUCGAAGAACUAAAGCCUAUGGUGUAUCGACCCAAAGGAAUGCAACCGCCACCAGAACUCAAACCAACAAGAUCUAUAGAGUCGUAUAAUUCUAUCCCACUCCUGGAGCGGGGUCUAACUGAAGAUGGAUUUGAGAGAAGGCAACGGGAUUGGUCAGAGCACUCUAUUCUUCGUGGACCAAGCAAUGAGCGACAAGAACAUAACAUGCAGACUCCAGAGUCAUCUCAUGUCAAUUCCUUUGACUUCAUUGAAGAAACUGACAGUAUGAGGAGAGUCCCCACGGGUGACGCAAGGCCAAGCACCACUCACGAGUCUUUCUUGGACAGUGACAGUGACGCCAAGAGUGAUCUUUCAUCUGAAAUGUCGAUGGAGAUCAUCUCACGAAUCGAGUAUACCGAGCAAGGCUCUGGUGCGCAAUCCUUCCCUCCCAUGCGACCUGGUACUGUCGUCAAGGAGAUUGAGCUCUCUCACCCUCUUCGUCAAACCCCCUCUCCACCAAUCACUUUGGUUCAGGCUCUGAAUCUUGGCCCGCAACCAACAUAUCUCCCAAGGGUCAAUGAGAAGCAACUCCAAUAUUCACACAGCACGCUUCCUCCGACGCCAGAGAUCACCCCCACGGGAGCCUUCUCGAAGGAAUUUGGCGGGGAAAGGGGCGCAUCUCCAACCAUAGUUGACCCAUUACGAUCCCACCGCAUACCUGAGCCCUCUCGGAAGACUUCAGUGCAUCUGCCUUUCAUCCUUGCAUUUGACUCGCAGGUCCUAGCUCAACAAUUUACUUUGAUUGAGAAGGAUGCUCUCAAUGAAAUUGAUUGGAAGGAUUUGAUCGAAAUGCGAUGGAAGGAUGUCUCAACUGAGUCGCGGUCAUGGGUCGAGUUCCUGCGACUCUCAGAACCCCGUGGUGUGGAGGUUGUCAUCGCACGUUUCAAUCUGAUGGUGAAGUGGGCAGUUUCUGAAUGUGUUCUUACUCAAGACCUGGGAGAGCGUGUUCGUUGCAUCAUCAAGUAUAUCCACAUUGCAGCACAUUGUCGCAGAUACCGCAACUUCGCGACUAUGACCCAACUGACAGUUGCUCUCACCUCGAAAGACAUUUCCCGUCUUACCAAGACAUGGGCAUAUGUUCCGGCCGCCGAUAAGGAGACUUUGAGACAACUGGAAAUACUCGUCACACCAACUCAUAAUUUCCACAACCUUCGAGCCGAGAUGGAAGGUGCUGGAGCGGAUCAAGGAUGUAUUCCCUUCGUUGGAAUCUACACACACGACCUUCUAGUUAACUCUGAAAGACCAAGUCAGAUUGCCAGCACACCAACGACGGAGCCUCUAAUCAACUUCGAACGCUGUCGUACAGAUGCUACGAUCGUGAAGAAUCUUCUGAGGUUGCUGGAGGCUAGUUCACUGUACAGGUUCUUACCAAUCGAGGGAAUCACUGAGAGAUGUUUGUGGAUGGCUGCUUUGAGCGACAACGAGAUUUCGAGAUAUGGCAAGGUCAUUGAAUGA